AUGAAUCGUUUCUCGCUAAAAUUAUCAUUCUCAAUUUCGUCAUCUCGAACAGAUGAAAGCCGUCAAAUUGUUGUUGGCAUUGCUCUUUGUUGGACUCGCCAUAAUGACAAGCCGGAUGUGGUAAACUCGCAAGAGGAUCGAGAUCUCCAAGUGAAAUUGCUCAACACCAAGCAUCUCUUCCCCGAGCGUUCAAUCAUCAAUCAAUACUAUGCUCUUGCCUUGAAGCCAUUGGUUAUCGAGAGAAACCUCAAGAUGCCCACAUUCCAGAAAUUCAUCAAGUAUUUCACGAAGAACAUGAAGACGAACAGCAGCAUGCACAAGGAGCGCGUAGCACAAAUCGAAAAAUCGCUCGACGAAACGUUCGAAAUGCUCGUCAAACAAUACUCUGGACUCAAGACGGAUACAAACCUCACCGCUAUCCAGAAAUUCCGUGUAAACGACGAGCCAGAAGUAACGGAAAAAAAGAAGCGUGGCGUCGAGGAUUUUUUGCUUUCCGAGGCAUUCUCAAAAAUGUUGCUGGAGAAAACUGGUGAGCUUUUGGAGGAACAAGAUAUCAAUGAGACAAACAACAUUGCCAAGCGGGCCAUUAACGUGCUUGAGACGGAAUUCGCCAAGCGAAACGAUUUUGAGCAUCGUAUGAAACGAUCUUUGAGGCAACUUUUAGGAGAACAGAUUGAUCUGAUGAAUUUUAAGCGACCAUUGACGCGUGAAAAGCGUGGUAACAUGACACACGUGGCAAAUGCAACUGUUGUGACUAACUCAAAGCACAAUAUCGUGAAGAGGGCGCUUAAGAGAAAUUGGCCAUGUCCUAUCUGUGUCCAGAAGAUGGGCGACUACCGAGUG